UCGUUCAUCUCUAAGGCCUUACCCAAACGAAAACCCUAAUAAACCGUAUUCAAAAAUACGAAAUUCGGAAAAGAAAUCAAAUCCCUUAUUCCACCGCUGCUUUUCGAGGAACAACGGUCAUUUGCGAUUUUCGAGAAGCUUUUUUCAAAGCAAAAAAAAAAAAAAACAAAAGAUCGAAACUUUACAGUCGAAGAAAGAAGAAGAAAAAAGAAAAAGAAAAUGGUGAUAAAGCGAAAAGAUGUUGUGGAGAUUAUCACACCAGAUCCGUGGGUGACGAGGAAGAAAACAAAGAGAAAGAGAACAAAGAGUAAGGAGAAAGAAGAGGGAGACGAGGGGACACCUCUCAGAGGUAUCUUUUGUCUGAAAACGAGACAGGAUAUGAAGAUUUUCGAUGAGAAAGAGGAUUGCUUCAUCCUCGAUUUCGAUCCCAACGAUUCGUUCGAUGCAAAAACCCAAUCCGAAACCCCUGAAUCUGACGAAGAUGUGGCAAUCGUCCAUGAGAAAGGCCAGGUGGCUUGUAGGGAUUACCCACAUCCAAGGCAUCUCUGUUGGAAAUUCCCUUUUGAAUCAAGUCAACACAAAUCACAUUGUAAUCAGUGCUAUUGUUAUGUCUGCGAUUUGGCUGCUCCUUGUGCACAUUGGACAUUUAGAGUUUCACCGCAUUGUGAGGCAUUAGAGAACAGUAGAUGGAAGCCUUUACGAGAGUUGCACCGGAACCAUCACCGUGUAACCACCACCACCAAGAAGUAGAUGAGAGACUUCUCACUUCUCAGUUCUCAUGGGGUUUUGAUGAAUAAAAAAGUAAUGAUUGUGUUAUAAUGUCCAUCUUCAGCUGAGUAUUAUAAUGCUUACUGAAGAACCCAAAAUUAGAUCCUUUUCUUGUAAAAUCUGUUGUGAGUUGAUGUUUAUGGAGCCAUCUUAAACAUCACAAUCCGACUUGGCAUGACAUUUAGUCAAAUACUUGUUAGUAUUUGCCCAUCAAUGAAGUUUUUUUUUUUU